AUGAACCACCACCCAGCCCAAUUCUCUCCGCCAACUCACCUGGAUGCCGAGGACGUUGUCAUGGGUUCACCAAUUUCUCAACAGCUCCUACAAGAUCCUGUUAUUGAACCUCAGCCUUCAGCCGGUUCAUCAAACAAGUCGACUGUUACGAAUCCUUUGGAAACAUGGCAGAAAGAGCGAAUCCGGAGGAGCGCUUGGGUCGAGGACUAUCCUGAAGACGACGAGGGAAGGGAUGGCGAGGGGGAUGAUGAUGAGGGAUUCAUUUACGAGGAUUGGGAAGAAGAAGAGAAUGGGGGUGGGGAUGCAGAUGGAGAUAUAGAUGGAGGCGAAGACAAGGAAGAGGCUGCAAGUCCAGUCACAGACGCUGAUGGCAUUCCUCUUCGUACGUCGAAUGAGGAAUUCGAGCGUAUGAUAUCGGAGCACUUGCUCGAGCUAUCAGAAGACGAUGAGGCGCUACUUCGUGCCUACUCAUACAAACUGAAGCACAACAUUACGGACGCAGCUUUUGACGACCUCCGCUUUCUCAGUCCUGGCUAUGCGCUCCCUAAAUGGAAGAAGGCUCGCCGAUAUAUAAAUCUUCUCACUCGAUUCACCCAAACCAUCUACGAUUGCUGUGUCAAGUCGUGCAUCGCCUAUAUUGGGGUCUAUGCGGAACUUGAGCAAUGUCCUUACUGCCAGGAGCCCCGAUAUAACAGUAAUGGGAACCCUCGGAGGCUCUACAAAUAUAUCCCUAUCCCCGAACGACUCAAAGCACUCUACGCCAAUCCUGAUAUGGCCAGACUGAUGAAUCAUCGACACGAAGAAAGCUGCCGCGCCAACCCCAAUAACGACAUUGAAGAUUACUACGAUGGUGCGCGGUACAAGCAUUUGGUGGAGAAGACCGUCGAGCUUUGUGGGGAAGUCCUAGACCACAAGUUCUUCGAGGAUGCCACCGAUAUCGCUCUCGGUAUUGCAACAGACGGCUUCGCCCCAUUUCGGAAACGCACGCAGACAUGCUGGCCAAUUCUCAUUUAUAACCUCAACCUCCCUUCCGACAUUCGCUUCCACCUGAAGCACCUUAUCUGUGUUGGCGUCAUACCAGGUCCCGAAAAGCCAAAAGACUUCGAUUCAUUCUUGUAUCCAUUGGUGGAGGACUUGUUCGAACUUGCAGCCGGCGUUGAAGCAUACCAUGCUAUCCGCCAGGAGACGUUUCUUCUCAAGGCGUACCCCAUGUUUGGGUCGGGAGACAUGCCGGCCGUUUCUAUGAUGAUGUCGAUGAAGGGGCAUAACGGCAUUUUCCCUUGUCGUAUGUGCGAGAUCGAAGGUGUUCUCAAGCCAGGGACCACCACCUACUAUGUUCCAUUACGGCGACCGCGAGGAUUCCCCCCUGCCGCGGAUGGAACGAUCAACUAUGACCCCGCCAAACUCCCUCUUCGAACCCACGACAACUUUCUUUCCCAAGGCCGAGCUGUCCAGAAUGCACCCACCCAGGUUGAGGCUGAAACACUUGCAAAAGCGUGCGGCAUCAAAGGUGUCCCCAUCCUUUCCCAUGUCCCAUCUUUAUCCUUUCCCCAUUCUUUCCCCCUCGAUUUCAUGCACCUUGGUUACGAGAACACCCUCAAAAACUAUGUCAACUUCCUCAGCGGCGACUUCAAGGAUCUCAAGCACGACGGCGAGGGCUAUCGCAUUGAGAAAAAGACAUGGGAAGCGAUUGGUGCAGCCACUGCUAAAUCUGGUGAUACCAUUCCCUCUGCGUUUGCAGCUCGACCUCGAAACCUCUCUGAUGACCGGAAAGGUGUGACAGCCGACAUGUACAGCACCUGGGCCCUUUGGAACGGACCUGUUUACCUCCGCGAUGCGUUUCCUGAGCGGAAGUUCUAUGUUCACUAUCUACAGCUGGUCGAACUCAUCAAUCUAUGCCUCAAGUUUACGAUCACGCAAGAGGACUUGGCAGCUAUCCGGUCAGGGUUUAUUGAGUGGGUUGUGACGUAUGAGAAUCUACUGCACAUUGCCGAUGGUAUCGAGCAGAUGGGCCCCCCAUGGGUGUACUGGGCCUUUCCAAUGGAGCGUUUCUGUGGAAAGCUGGCUCGAACCAUCAAAAGUCGGCGCUUUCCCUUUGCCAACCUCGAUAAUCAAGUCCUAGGCCAAGCUCAGCUUUCAUAUUUGAUCACCUUACAUGACCUAGACGACCGCGUUACAUUACGCAUACCAAGGAAGAAGAUGGAGUAUGAGAUUCCAAAUCCGAGUCACGAGAAAUAUACCAGAUACCGCCUCGGUUAUCCUCGAAAACCGUUUGAUUUGACGUCGGUUCGAGGUCUCCAGAAGGCUGUUGCUGCAGCACUUGUCACCCGGUUUUCCCCUGACAAUCCUUCCGAGGCUGGUGGGAUUACGAUGAAUGAUGCCUUGUAUAUUCUCAACAACUCAACCGUUGAGCAGUGGGGUAAACUCAAGAGGCUCGAAGGAGGUGAUACCAUGCUUGCAUCAGAGAUCCUGAAAGCUUCCAGCAAUUGUGAUGACCGACGCGACGCGACCUUCGUUCGGUACAAACUAGCGGUCGACCUCAACGCUCGCUUCAAGAACAAGCCAACCAAGUACAGGACCAAUAUCUUCUAUGGCCAGCUCACAUACAUUCUCGCCAUUUCCAUGCCCGCAGUCGAAGGAAUUCCUGAACUUUCUCAACCGACAACCAUGGUCUUGGGUGUCGUCAACAAGUGCCAUGUCACAAGCAGGCUCUCACCAAAGCUCAACAUCCAUUUCUACAGAAAGGCUCAGGGUACCGACGUUACAGAUAUCACAAACAUCAAAUGUCUGAUUGGGAGGAUUCCAUGGAAUAAGGAAUGGGCGAUUUGUGAUAGGAGCCAGGUUAGAACAAAUAUACCCGAGUACGACGAUUAG